AUUACGCACUCCGGAGGCCGGGACGCAGGGAGCCAGGCAGGAAGCUGGUGUGCCCAGGCAGCGCGGAGCGAGGGUCUGGGGAAGCGGAGGGGACGUGGCACACCAUCUGCCCUUCUGGCUGUGCCCCGCGGCAGGGGCCGGAUUGAAACCUGGCACCUGUUGCAUAGUGGGUCUGCGUCCAGGCCCUCUGCCCCGUGCCGCUCUGACGCGAGUGUGUAAAAAUAAGCUCUUGCAGCAGCUCUCGAAAUCCACACUGAGCUGAGCAAACAGCCACCCGAUCCGGCCGCCGAGAACAGCCGCUGGCACUGCCAGGCCUGCCACUCAGGUCCUCGCCCGCCGUCAUGAAGAUCGCAGUGAUCGGGCAGAGCCUGUUUGGCCAGGAGGUUUACUGCCAGCUGAGGAAGGAGGGCCAUGAGAUCGUGGGUGUGUUUACCAUCCCAGACAAGGACGGGAAGGCAGACCCCCUGGGCCUGGAGGCUGAGAAGGACGGAGUGCCGGUGUUCAAGUUCCCACGCUGGCGGGCGCGAGGACAGGCCCUGCCCGACGUGGUGGCCAAGUACCAGGCCCUGGGCGCUGAGCUCAACGUCCUGCCCUUCUGCAGCCAGUUCAUCCCCAUGGAGGUGAUCGACGCGCCCCGCCACGGCUCCAUCAUCUACCACCCGUCUCUGCUCCCCAGGCACCGGGGUGCCUCGGCCAUCAACUGGACCCUCAUUCAUGGGGACAAGAAAGGGGGGUUCACUGUCUUCUGGGCAGACGAUGGCCUGGACACCGGGGACAUCCUGCUGCAGAAGGAGUGCGAGGUGCUCCCCGACGACACCGUGAGCUCUUUGUACAGCCGCUUCCUCUUCCCCGAAGGCGUCAAAGGGAUGGUGCAGGCUGUGAAGCUGAUCGCUGCGGGCAGAGCCCCCAGGCUCCCCCAGCCCGAGGAAGGAGCCACCUAUGAGGGGAUUCAGAAGAAGGAAACAGCCAAGAUCAACUGGGACCAGCCAGCCGAGGCCAUCCACAACUGGAUCCGCGGCAACGACAAGGUGCCAGGCGCCUGGGCCGAGGCCGGCGGGCAGAAGCUGACCUUUUUCAACUCGACAUUGAACACUUCGGGGCUGGUGCCCGAGGGGGAAGCUCUGCCCAUCCCGGGAGCCCGUCGGCCAGGCGUGGUCACCAAAGCGGGACUCAUCCUCUUCGGGAACGACGACAGGAUGCUGCUGGUGAGGAACAUCCAGCUAGAGGACGGCAAGACGGUCCCAGCCUCGCGCUUCUUCACGGGGCCGGCAGGCGGGGCCCUGGAGCUGACCGAGGAGGAGCUGCUGACCGCCGAGGCCGUGCGGAGUAUGUGGCGGCGGGUACUCCCCAACCACACCACUGACUUCUUCAAGUCUGGCGCUGCAUCGGCGGACGUCGUGAGGCUGGUGGAGGAGGUGAAGGAGCUGUGUGCCGGGCUGGAGCUGGGGGGCGAGGACGUGUAUGCGGCCACCACCUUCGGGGACUUCGUCCAGCUGCUAGUGCGGAGGCUGCGUGGGGAGGAUGAAGACGGCCAGUGUGCCAUCGACUAUGUGGAACGGGACGUGAACAAGCGGACGCUCCGAAUGCCGCACCAGCUCUUCAUCGGGGGGGCCUUUGUGGAUGCCGAGGGCGGCAAGACCUGCGACACCAUCAACCCGACAGACGGAAGUGUCAUCUGCCAGGUUUCGCAGGCCCAGGUCAGUGACGUGGACAAGGCGGUGGCUGCGGCGAAGGAAGCCUUCGAGAGCGGACAGUGGGGCAAGAUCAGCGCCCGGGACCGGGGCCGGCUCCUGUACAGGCUGGCGGACCUCAUGGAGCUGCACCAGGAGGAGUUGGCCACCAUCGAGGCCCUGGAUGCAGGAGCCGUCUACACACUGGCCCUGAAGACCCACGUGGGCAUGUCCAUCCAGACCUUCCGCUACUUUGCUGGCUGGUGUGACAAAAUCCAGGGCUCCACCAUCCCCAUCAACCAGGCCAGACCCAACCGCAACCUGACCCUCACCAGGAAGGAGCCUGUUGGGGUCUGUGGCAUCAUCAUCCCUUGGAACUACCCCCUGAUGAUGCUGUCCUGGAAGACGGCCGCCUGCCUGGCCGCCGGGAACACGGUGGUGAUCAAGCCCGCGCAGGUGACGCCACUCACAGCCUUGAAGUUUGCAGAGCUGACCUUGAAGGCUGGUAUUCCCAAGGGUGUGAUCAACAUCCUCCCAGGAUCUGGCUCGCUGGUUGGCCAGAGGCUUUCGGACCACCCCGACGUCAGGAAGAUCGGGUUCACGGGCUCCACGGAGGUGGGGAAGCACAUCAUGAAGAGUUGCGCCCUGAGUAACGUGAAGAAGGUGUCCCUGGAGCUGGGUGGGAAGUCGCCCCUCAUCAUCUUUGCUGACUGCGACCUCAACAAAGCUGUGCAGAUGGGGAUGAGCUCCGUGUUCUUCAACAAAGGCGAGAACUGCAUUGCGGCGGGCCGGCUGUUCGUGGAGGCCGCCAUCCAUGACCAGUUUGUGCAGAGGGUGGUGGAGGAGGUGAGGAAGAUGAAGAUCGGCAACCCCCUGGACAGGGACACCAACCACGGGCCGCAGAACCACCAGGCCCACCUGGCGAAGCUGCUGGAGUACUGCCAGCGUGGCGUGCGGGAGGGGGCCAGGCUGGUCUGUGGCGGGAAGCAAGUCCCUCGGCCAGGCUUCUUCUUUGAGCCGACCGUGUUCACGGACGUGGAGGACCACAUGAGCAUCGCCAAGGAGGAGUCCUUCGGGCCCAUCAUGAUCGUGUCGCGGUUUGCGGACGGGGACGUGGACACGGUGCUCUCUCGGGCCAAUGCCACGGAAUUUGGCCUGGCCUCCGGUGUCUUCACGAGGGACAUCAGCAAGGCCCUGUAUGUGAGCGACAGGCUGGAGGCGGGCACCGUGUUCGUCAACACGUACAACAAGACGGAUGUGGCCGCUCCCUUCGGAGGGUUCAAGCAGUCCGGAUUUGGCAAAGACCUGGGAGAGGCUGCUCUGAACGAAUACCUGCGGGUCAAGACGGUGACGUUCGAGUACUGAGGGAGGGUCUCCUGAGAGGAAGGCCCACCUCCCUGCGCCCAGGUCGCCCUGCACUCCUGCGUGCGCAGCCCCUCCCAUUGGAAGCCCUCCUGCCUGCACCCCGCCUGUGCCGGGGACCUGUCCCGUUAGGGUGGCCCUCGGCGGGUGAAUAAAGGUUCUGAGCAGCGGCUGCCCA